CUUAGAGAGGGUCAAAUUCAGAAUUUGCAGGUGCAACCCGGAAAGUCCCCGCGGACCCAGAGGCCCUGCUUUCCAAUUAGCCUGACCCUAUGCACAGAGAGGUCCCUGCGGUACAGAGUCGCUUCACAGAGGCAGCUAGCUGGCCAAGGCCGCUCACCCGCCGCUGUAGUGUGUGUGGUUGCCCACCAGCCACCGCCCCCUCGAGCCCCCACCACCCGCCCCACCGCCCUCUGCUGCCUGGGGCUGUUGCUGGUUCCAGGCCUUCGGGUCGCCCCUUGGCCUCUGGUCAUGUGAGCCCAUAGUCCUUCCUGCCUUGGUGACAGCGUGUACGAAAAGCCGGGGCUCGAUUUGGACAUAGUAGGAAUCCUAUUAUUGAGACCCUGUAUAUAGAAAAACAUGGUAGUUUCUACCUUCAUCAGUUAAUAAAAUCAAAUACCUACUAUUGCUAUUCUUAAUCAUAAUUACAUUGAAUUUGCGAUGGGGGUGGGGGGAAAUGCAUGUCAUUGCAGUUGAUACCUGUUAAGAAACUCUCAAUUUGUGCCCUGAAAAGCCAUAAUGGAGGUAUCAAUGCCUCCACCUCAGAUAUAUGUAGAAAAAACUCUGGCCAUUAUCAAACCAGAUAUUGUUGACAAAGAAGAGGAGAUACAAGAUAUUAUUCUUAGAUCCGGAUUCACCAUUGUUCAGAGAAGAAAACUACACCUCAGCCCUGAGCAAUGUAGUAACUUUUAUGUGGAACAGUAUGGAAAAAUGUUUUUCCCCAAUUUAACAGCUUACAUGAGUUCUGGACCACUUGUCGCCAUGAUAUUAGCUAGACAUAAAGCCAUCUCUUAUUGGUUAGAACUUUUGGGACCAAAUAAUAGCUUAGUAGCGAAGGAGACACAUCCAGACAGUCUGAGGGCAAUUUAUGGCACAGAUGACCUAAGGAAUGCACUUCAUGGGAGUAAUGACUUUGCUGCUGCGGAAAGAGAGAUACGUUUUAUGUUUCCUGAAGUGAUUGUUGAGCCCAUUCCAAUUGGACAAGCUGCUAAGGACUAUUUAAAUUUACAUAUAAUGCCAACUCUGCUUGAAGGACUCACAGAGCUUUGUAAGCAAAAACCAGCAGAUCCUUUGAUUUGGCUAGCUGACUGGCUGCUGAAAAAUAAUCCUAACAAACCCAAACUUUGUCACCAUCCAAUUGUAGAAGAACCUUAUUAAAAAAAAAUCCUCCAAAGAACAAAUCAUGAACUAUCUUAUUGUAAAAGGCUGUACUUCUACUGUUAGAAAAAAUUGUUUCUAGGGUUUAAGUAACUACAAGUAAAAUAAAUUUAUUUCUUAAAAAUAAGUGUUAAAGGAAUAACUAUUCUAUGAAGCAGAUAACAUUAAGGUAAAAUAUAGGCUUAGAGUAUGAUUUUCACAAUGAUGUAACACUAGGUAAUGGAAAACUGAUGUAAGAUGUUGCUAGAUGUUUUUCUUAAGUUUGAGAAGUAAGACAUAAAGUUUAGUUAUACGUUUUCCCAAGCACAUAUCCUAUAUCUAGAUACAUAAUUAAUGCACAGUUGAGACAGUCUAGUUUAAAAGGCAUAGGUCCUUUUGUAGUCCAUAAGCAUGAUGAUUCGGUUUCAUGCUCAUGUGUGAGAUAUGCUUCCCUCAAACCUUGUUACAGCAUCAUCACAUUACCUCUUUGAUGUAAAAAAUAAAAAAUAGAAAGGUGUAAGUAUAUAAAUAAUUUUUUGGUAUAUUGAAAAUGUCCAGAACCAGGGGAUGAUCUUAAACUAAUCACUUGGAUAACUAUUAGGCUGGUGCAAAAGCAAUUAUGAUUUUUGCCAUUAAAAAACAAUGGCAAAAACCACAAUCAUAGCCGGUCUUGGUGGCUCACGCCUGUAAUCCCAGCACUUUGGGAGGCCGAGGUGGGUGGAUCACGAGGUCAGGAGAUCGAGACCAUCCUGGCUAACACGGUGAAACACCGUCUCUACUAAAUAUACAAAAAAUUAGCCGGGCGUAGUGGCGGGCGCCUGUAUUCCCAGCUACUCGGGAGGCUGAGGCAGGAGAAUGGUAUGAACCCAGGGGGCGGAGCUUGCAGUGAGCCGAGAUCGCGCCACUGCACUCCAGCCUGGGCGACAGAGCGAGACUCCGUCUCAAAAAAAAAAAAAAAAAGAAAGUAUAAUGUAAGAAAAUGUAAAAACAAAAAGAAAACAGAAAGAUCGUUAGCUGAAAAAAAGCGUGUUACAAAGCAAUACGCACAGUGUACGCCCAUUUGGUUUUGGUUUUGUUUUUGUUUUAAUAAGAUAGGGUCCCACUAUGUUGCCCAGGCUGGUCUCAAACUCCUGGGUUCAUGCAAUCCUCCUGCCUCGGCCUCCCAAAGUGUUAGGUUUGUAGGCAUGAGCCAUUGUGCCCAGCCAUGUGUUCUCAUUUAGAUUAAAAAAUGAAUAAAUAAAUGUGUUUAGAAUAACAUGUAGAAGGAUACCCACUCAAGUGUUAUUAUCUAUAAUCUCUGGAUGGUAGAAAUAUUUUAUUUUUCUUCUUUUGCUUAGCUGUAUUUUAAAUUUUUCUACAGCAUUUAUGUAACUACUUUUGUAAUUAAAAGAAACAUUAAGAUUACGAAAAAUAAAUGUUGUAACAAAUGUCAGCUUUAAAGGGCUGGCAACACUUCCUUAUUAAUAGACUGUUUAAGCUGUCAGUUGCUAAGAUGUUUUGCAAGUUCACACUGUUGGUAUUUUUCUGAAGUUUUGGACUUUUCCUUCUGAGACUGCGUGCCCACUGUAUUUCAAAACACCUUUAGCAUCAGUGUUGUGAGAACAAACCAAAAUCUUAAAAAUAAAGAUAAAUAAUAAAUUGUUAUAUUUUUUAGCAAUGACCAAGGACAUAUAGGAAAAAGCAAAUCAUUUUUACAGUAGGAUUCCAGUGUGACAGCUUUAGGAGGUCAUUUCCACAUUCAAAGUCUCUGUCAUGGAGGAAAGAAAAAAAAGGCAGCACUGUGUAUAGCAAAAAAUUCCAACUGGGUGUGGUGGCUCACGCCUAUACUCCCAGCACUUUGGGAGGCCAGACCAGGAGGAUCACUUGAGGCCAGGAGUUCAAGACCAGCCUGGGCAACAUAGCCAAACCACGUCUCCACAAAAAGUAUAAAAAUUAGCUGGGUGUAGUGGCCUGCACUUCUGGUCCCAGCCACUUCGGAAGCUGAGGCGGGAGGAUUGCUUGAGCCCAGGAGGUCAAGGCUGCGGUAAGCCAUAAUCACACCAGUGCUCUCCAGCCUAGGGGACAGAGGGAGAUUCUGUCAAAAAAUAUCAAACGAAAGGAAGGAAGGAAGGAAGGAAGGAAAGGAGGGAGGGAAGGAAGGAAAGAAGGAAGGAAGGAAAGAAAUAAAGAGAAAGAAAGAAAGAAAGAAAGAAAGAAAGAAAGAAAGAAAGGAAGAAAGAA